GGUGGAGAAAAAAUAAAAAAUAAAAAACAAAAUACAAAAUUAAAGAGAAAAACCCUCCGUUAAGAAGACACAUAAUCCAAGAGGUCCCUCCCCCCAAAAUUGGGAUGUGGACUAGGGUUUGAAGCCCGACCCGCCAAUUCCUCUUCCAAACCCUAUCCUUAGCUUUCUUCGUCUUCUCCGGCAUUGCAUCUGCAUGAUUCGGAUCCUGGUUCGGACAUCCAUUGUAGGCUCCGUCCAAAUUUGCUCUUCCAUCUUCGUCACCGCUAAUGGCUUCCAAGGCUUCGCCUUCAGCGUCGGCCAGUGGAUCGAAGUCCGGCGAGGAUCUUACGAUGAUGGGAUCACAAGGAACAAGUCCAAAUCUUAAGGAGAUAUCAUCAGUUAUUGAAUUUCUAAAGAAGCAAGUUGCUUCUCAACGUGGUGUUUCCAUACAGAAAAGAAUGGAAGAGAACAAGCAGAAACUAGUUGGGGUUACAAACUAUAUGUAUAAUUUGUCAAUGGCAAGAAGAAGCACCUGGAUUAAUGAUACUGGUAAAAAUGUAGAUCUGUUGAUAAGGAGGCAGAAAGAUGCUUUUGAUAUGCACAAUGGUAUUGAUGUAAAUAAUGGUGACAAAGAUACAUUGGACGAAGAUGGCCAUGCUUCUACAGCAGUUCUUCUAGGAUCUAAUGUUGCAGUCAAGAAUGCUGUUCGUCCUAUUAAGCUAACGGAAGUUAAAAGAUUACCUCCUUAUACCACAUGGAUAUUUUUGGACAGAAAUCAGAGAAUGACGGAGGAUCAGUCAGUAGUAGGUCGAAGAAGAAUUUAUUAUGAUCAAAAUGGAGGUGAAGCUCUAAUAUGCAGUGAUAGUGAGGAAGAAGCAAUGGAAGAUGAAGAAGAAAAGAGGGAUUUUGUGGAAUCCGAAGACUAUGUACUUUGCAUGACUAUCAAAGAAGUUGGUUUCUCUGAUACUGUGCUGGAGACACUGGCACAGUGUUUUUCUAGAAGCCCAUGCGAAGUCAAGGCAAGGUAUGAAAUUCUUAAUAAGGAAGAGAAGGCCGUGGGGGAUUGUAAGAAUGGGGAUAAUGAAGACGCUUCACAAAUUGGAAGUUCUUUUCUUGAUAAAGAUCUUGAUGCAGCUUUGGAUUCUUUUGAUAACCUUUUUUGUCGUCGAUGCCUUGUGUUUGACUGCAGAUUACAUGGAUGUUCCCAAGAUCUUGUCUUCCCUGCUGAGAAGCAACCUUCGUGGAGUCCUCCUGAUGAUGAAAACAUAUCAUGUGGUCUACAUUGCUAUCGAUCAGUGCUAAAGUCAGAAAGAACUGUUGGUGUGAGCUCUCCUAGCAAUGGUGAUUUUGAAGAAAAAAAUGUUACAUCAUGUGAAGGUGUUCAGAUAUCGUUGAGAAAGAAACCUUCUGGUCCAUCUGCAAGAAAGACGGUCAAGUCCUGCCAAAGUGAAAGUGCUUCGUCAAAUGCAAAGAACAUCUCAGAAAGCAGCGACUCAGAGAAUGGACAUACACAGGAUGAUAGUCACAUCCAUCACCCAUCUCCCUCAAAGACUAAGCUUGCAGGAAAAUGUGGAAUUCGUAAAAGGAAUAGUAAGCGAGUUGCUGAACGUGUUCUAGCUUGCAUGCAGAAAAGGCAAAAGAAAAUGGUGGCAUCUGAUUCUGAUUCUAUUGUCAAUGGUGGUGUUCCUAGUGAUACAAAACUUAGAUCUAAUUCAUGCAAAGAAAAUGAAGACAGUAGCUCUUCUUCACAUAAGAAUGUAAAAUCUCCUAUUGGUGGAAGGUCUAGAAGGAAGGAAUCAACAGUCAAGGACAGUCACAUCCAGGUUGAGGUUCCUGAUGGUUCUUCAAAUGAAAUGAUCACUGAUCCACCUGCCACUAGUAGUGAUGACAACAUAAGAAAAGAAGAGUUUGUGGAUGAAAACUUAUGUAAACAAGAAUCUGGUGAUGAUAAAUCUUGGAAAACUAUUGAGAAAGGUCUUUUUGAGAAAGGCAUUGAGAUUUUUGGACGAAACAGCUGUCUAAUUGCAAGGAACCUUUUAAGUGGUUUGAAGACUUGUUGGGAGGUUUUUCAGUACAUGAAUCACUCUCAGUUUAAGAUGUCCUGCCAACCUGGCGAUGCUUCAAACUCACUUAUGGAAGGCUAUUCUAAGGUUGACUUUAACGGGUCUAUGGGUAAUAAUGAAGCUAGAAGAAGAUCGAGAUUUUUGCGCAGAAAGGGUAGAGUUCGUCGCUUAAAGUAUACUUGGAAGUCUGCUGCUUACCAUUCAAUCAGGAAACGAAUUACUGAGAGAAAAGAUCAGCCAUGUAGGCAAUAUAAUCCAUGUAAUUGCCAAACAGCUUGUGGAAAGCAGUGUGCUUGUCUUCUAAAUGGGACUUGCUGUGAAAAGUACUGUGGUUGUCCCAAGAGUUGCAAGAAUCGAUUUAGAGGCUGUCAUUGUGCUAAAAGUCAAUGUCGAAGUCGUCAGUGUCCAUGCUUUGCUGCGGACAGAGAAUGCGAUCCAGAUGUUUGUAGGAAUUGUUGGGUCAGUUGUGGUGAUGGUACUCUUGGGGUUCCAAACCAAAGAGGUGACAAUUAUGAAUGUAGAAAUAUGAAGCUACUUCUCAAACAGCAACAAAGGGUGUUGCUAGGAAGAUCUGAUAUAUCUGGCUGGGGAGCUUUCUUAAAGAAUAAUGUUGGCAAGCAUGAAUACCUAGGUGAGUACACUGGGGAGUUGAUAUCACAUCGAGAAGCAGAUAAGCGUGGAAAGAUAUAUGACCGUGAAAAUUCAUCAUUUCUUUUCAAUUUGAAUGAUCAGUUUGUCCUUGAUGCUUAUCGGAAGGGUGAUAAAUUGAAGUUUGCCAACCAUUCUCCAGAUCCAAAUUGCUAUGCAAAGGUGAUAAUGGUUGCUGGGGAUCAUAGAGUGGGCAUAUUUGCCAAGGAACGAAUCAGUGCAGGCGAGGAACUUUUCUAUGAUUAUCGAUAUGAACCAGACAGAGCUCCUGCUUGGGCGCGGAAACCUGAGGCAUCUGGGUCAAAAAAAGAGGACGGUGGUCCAUCAAGUGGUCGUGCUAAGAAGCUUGCUUAACCUGGGGAAUUUAUAUUUACGACUUGGAUUUACAAAUUUUGUCAUUCUUUUACAGGUAGAAGCAUCAUUCUGAUUGACCUUGAUAGGUGCAUUCUUGAUCAUUUUGUUAUGGGGAGAGGCCAUUGCUUCUCCAUAGAAGAAAUUGAAUUGAAUUUAAUUUAACAAAAUUCAUGUUUACUUCAAAGAAAAAAACUAAUUAUUGUAUUUGCUAAAGCUUGAAAGAUAUACAAAAAAGCUUAGUGAAUCGAAAAAUGACUUUUGAAUCACAUUUUGAUUAUAAAUUUGCAAAUUUUAUAAACA